AUAUUACAUUAUUUGAUGGCAAAAGUUGCAACUGGGGCUCUCGCUGUUACGCCAGUUGUGGCUAGACUUUCAACAAUAUUAUUGAUCGUUGUGAUUGUGCUUUCAUGCACAUCCAUUAUGAUGGCCUCUUCAUCAUCAUCAUCAUCUUUGUCUUCGAGGGCAUGGAAAUAUGAUGUGUUUCUUAGCUUCAGAGGGGAGGAUACUCGCAAAAAUUUUGUAGAUCAUCUCUACUCUAGUCUUGAACAACAUGGAGGAAUACACACUUACAAGGACGAUGUAACACUUCAAAGGGGCGAUUCCAUCGGCCCAUCCUUGUUCAAUGCUAUCCAAGACUCGCAAAUUGCCCUUAUCGUGUUCUCGAGAAACUAUGCCGAGUCUUCUUGGUGUUUGGACGAACUUGCAUACAUUAUGAAAUGCAAGGAGAAGAGAGGCCAAAUCGUUAUCCCCAUAUUUUAUGAUGUGAAUCCCUCUAAUGUUAGAAAACAAAAUGGGCAAUUUGGCAAAGCUUUUAACAAAAAUUACAAGUCAGUUAAUGAAACAUGGAGAAAAGCACUCUUUGAUGCAAGUAAUAUUGCUGGAUGGGAACUCAAACACAUUGCCAACGGGCAUGAAGCAGUUGGCAUAAAAAUAAUUAUUGGUGCUGUUCUAGAUAGAUUGUUAUAUGUGAAUUCAAAUGUUGAUGAAAACCUUGUUGGAAUGGGGCUACGCUUUAACUAUAUUGAAUCAAAAUUGAAAAUUGGGUUACAUGGUGUGCGAAUGAUCGGGAUAUGGGGAGUUGGGGGUGGUGGAAAGACCACUCUUGCCUUUUUCGUUUAUAUGAAAAUCCGUGACCUUUUUCAAGGUCAUUGCUUCAUUGAGAAUAUUCGGGAAAAUUCAGCGAAAUAUGGCUUACAAAAGCAGCAGGAAAAGGUUCUGUCAGAAGUUUUGAAAAAAGACUUGACGGUUGGGAGUGUUUUAGAAGGAAGAUUCAAGAUUAGAAGUAUGUUAUCUCGUAGGAAGGUGUUGAUUGUUCUUGACGAUGUUGAUGACCUUGAGCAAUUGGAGGCAUUAGCAGGAUCAAAUGAUUGGUUUGGUGAGGGGAGCAGAAUAAUAGUCACAACUAGAGAUGAGCAUUUACUAACAACUCACAGGGUAGACGAGGUGUGUCGUGUCAGUUUAUUAUCAGUUGACGAAGCUAUUCGGCUCUUUAAAAGACAUGCAUACCAAGAGAAUAACCCUGUACAAGAUUAUGAAAAACUUUCUCUUCAUGUGAUUUCUUAUGUUAAUGGGCUCCCUUUAGCACUUAAGAUUAUAGGUUCUUCUCUCUAUGGCAAAGACAAGAAUGAGUGGAUUAGUACCUUGGAUAAGUUAAGAGAAAUACCGAAUCGUAAGGUCACAGAUCAACUUAAAAUAAGUUAUGAUGGUCUUGAGCAUGAUGAGAAACAAAUUUUCUUAAAUAUUGCAUGUUUCUUAAGAAGGUGCAACAAAGAAAAUGUGAUGAGUAUACUCGACGCUUGCGGGUUUCACCCUCACAUUGGGAUAAAGGUUUUGAUACAGAAGGCAUUGAUACGUAUUUCUUCAGAGGGAUUUCUUGAUAUGCACGAUCUGGUUCAAGAAAUGGGACACCACAUUGUUAUAGGACAACAUCUCAGCAAACCUGAAAAAGUUAACAGAGUUUGGCGAUCUCAAGUGAUUGAAGCCAUCCAAUAUCAAAAUGAUCCUUUGGAAAUUGAAGUAGCCCUCAGAUAUGAUAAUGCUCCAACAAAGAUAUUCCCUACCCUUAUUUCAAACAUUAAGAUACUGCGAUUCCUUGAAGUGAUUACUUGGCAUGUGGACAGCUAUAAUGAUGAUCUUAAUUUCAUUUCAAAUGAGUUAAAGCUUCUUCCUGACUCGUUUCAACCUGGGAGGCUACUUGUUCUACAUUUCGGUUUCACCUUGCAAAUAGAACUUUGGAAGGGUGAUAAGGAACCAUGUUUGCAAGAGAUCCGUCCCUCAUAUGCCCCAGCGCUAGAGAUAUUUAAAGAAAAAUUUGCGGGAUCACUAGUAAAGAGACCUGAUUGUACAGGACUCCCAUAUCUUCAACGAAUGGUACUCCUAUACUGCGUUCGUAGAUCACGUGGAGACCCUUCAAGUACCGUGUACGUAUAUUUAGGUCAUUGUGAAACUUACAAAGUUCGCAAUGACAAACAAGUGUCUAAUUUAGAAGUAGAAAUGUCAUCUUGGUAAUUCUAUUUCUCAUAUAACUCCUUUGUAAUAUUACUUAUAUAAAUACAACUUCCUACCACUAUUAAUGUGCUAAGAAA